AUGGCCGUCUCCGACUCGGAAGCCUUGGCUGCCGUCCUGGCCGUGGCUGGUGCGGAGUUUGAUGGCUUGGCCGGUAACUUGGAGUCUGCCCGCAACGUCCUGAUCAGUGGGCUUGGUACAGCCAUGCAUAGUGCAAAAGAGGCUGCCCUGGCACAGCGCUGGCUUGAAGCCAUCGUCCAGGCUCGACGAUUUGCGGAUGCCACGGCCACCUUACUCGUUCUCAAAUUUUUGCCCAACUUUCAAUACCUUGAAGACAUCACUCAAAGUGGACCCUAUCAAGAACCCAUGUCUCUGGGUAUGCGCAUACACGAGUAUCUGACCCAGACCAAAGUCCCACCCUCGGUGCUGAAUGCGCUCGAGGAACUGCGGGUCCUGGGCAAUCGUGCCGUUUUCGUGUACGCCGACCCCGAGGUCGUGGGACCCAAGGAUGUCAAUAAGGUUCUGCUGCUACUGCAGCUCAUCGGCCGCUACGUUGUGCGGGGCGGGAGCGUGGGCUCAAAGCUGAUGCUUUCGGCGCGACCCGGGGGCAAGCGCGGACCUCCCCCAGGUCUCGAGGGUACCUACGUGGCUGAUCCCAAUCGGCCACUAGAAAUGCAACAGCAGCCGCUCAGCACCGAGGAAAUUGGUGACGUUCUUUUGGCAAUGUCUCAGGAAGAGCAAAUCCUGGCCGAACAGCAGCGCGCCGAACAGGCCCAACUUGAACUGGCUGCUGUGCUUGCAGAGCAAGCUGAUUUUGAUGCUCAGCUGGCGCAAGAGCGGACCCGGGCCCAGCAGUUGGCCGAGCAACUCGCAACGGCUCAGAGCUUACUUCGUCAACAGCAACAACAGCAACCUUCCGAACAGGCAGCAGAGCCCAUGCCAAAGGAACAGCGCAAAACUCAGAAUGCCAAGCCCCAUGGACCCAGCCCGGCGGCAACAAACGCUUCGUUGCCGGGCCGGGCCCGAGACAAGGGCAGUCGUAUUCCUGCGCACACAACACCUUCGCCGGGUCAACAACGUUCCCGUCUGCCGGCACCAGGAAAACGCCAAUCCAAAGCACACGGCAAGCGCGAACCUGCUGCCAUUGCCAAAGCCCGUGCCAAAGCUCAGGCUGACCCAGGGACCAGUUCCACCACCUCUGGUGAUCCACGCCAGUUUCGAGGCCCGGGUGGAUUAGUCAAACCUGCUGCCGCUCCAGCAGCCGGCACACAAGGUGCAGAUGUGGCCACUGCGUCGCUGCCUGCCGGCGUGCCCAUUUCUUCGCGCCUACGUUUGCUAACGAUCGACCAAGGUGGCGGGUUUCAGAUGCACCACAGCACGUUGCAAGAGAACGUUCAACUUGCUGGCAUGAAUCGCAAUACUGCACCCCAUGGACGGCAUGCUGUGGCUACCGGCAAAUCGAUCUCUGAAUCCAUUCCCUGA